GUACUGAGUAUCUUUGCCUGUUUUCUUAGGCAAUAUCUGCUCCAAUCAUAUCUUCUGUUGGUGAACGGUAUUAUAAAGUUACAGCAGAGGCAUUAAGAGUAUGUGGGGAACUUGUUCGUGUCGUGCGACCAGAUAUUGAGGUUUAUGAUUUUGAUUUUAAACCCUAUGUCCAUCCUAUAUUUGCUGCUAUCAUGUCACGUUUGACCAAUCAAGAUCAGGAUCAGGAAGUGAAAGAAUGUGCGAUUUCCUGCAUGGGACUUGUGGUUUCUACAUUUGGUGAUCAUCUUGGGGCAGAGCUACCUUCAUGCCUCCCAGUGCUUGUUGAUCGAAUGGGAAAUGAGAUUACUCGUCUUACAGCUGUCAAGGCAUUUGCUGUCAUUGCUGCUUCUCCUUUGCACAUUGACUUAUCGUGUGUUUUAGAGCAUGUAAUUUCUGAGUUGACUGCAUUUCUAAGAAAGGCCAAUCGAGCGCUAAGGCAAGCUACACUUGGGACACUGAACACACUUAUUGUAGGAUACGGCGAUAAAAUUGGUUCAGCUGCUUAUGAAGUCAUUGUUGUUGAGCUUUCAACUCUGAUCAGUGACUCAGAUUUGCAUAUGGCUGCUCUUGCAUUGGAAUUGUGUUGCACAUUAAUGGCUGACAAAAGAUCUGGUCCGAAUGUCGGUCUGACUGUCCGAAAUAAAGUUCUGCCACAAGCUCUGACUUUAAUUAGAAGCUCUCUGCUCCAGGGCCAGGCACUUCUGGCGCUACGAAAUUUCUUCACUGCGCUGGUUUACUCGGCCAACACAAGCUUUGAUGUACUGCUUGACUCUCUUCUUUCUGCUGCCAAACCAUCUGCCCAGACUGGUGCCGUUGCGAAACAGGCUUUAUUCUCAAUUGCUCAAUGUGUGGCUGUUCUCUGUCUUUCUGCUGGCGACAAAAAGUGUUCCUCUACAGUUAACAUGCUUACAGACAUCUUAAAAGCUGAUAGCAGUACCAACUCGGCCAAGCAACAUCUCUCCUUGCUGUGCUUGGGAGAAAUAGGCAGGAGAAAAGAUUUAAGUUCUCAUGACCACAUAGAGAACAUUGUUAUUGAGUCUUUCCAGUCGCCAUUUGAAGAAAUAAAAUCUGCUGCAUCUUAUGCCCUGGGAAACAUUGCAGUCGGGAAUCUGCCUAGAUAUUUGCCUUUCAUCUUGGACAAAAUUGAUAAUCAGCAAAAGAAGCAAUAUCUGUUGCUUCAUUCUCUGAAGGAGGUCAUCGUGAGACAAUCUGUAGAUAAAGCCGAAUUUGAUGAUUCCAGUGUUGACAAGAUCACUAAAUUGCUAUUUAAUCACUGUGAAAGUGACGAAGAGGGUGUUCGCAAUGUGGUAGCUGAGUGCCUCGGGAAAAUUGCUCUUAUUGAGCCUGGGAAACUUGUUCCUGCACUUAAGGAGAGGACAUCAAGUCCUGCUGCAUUCACCCGGGCAACUGUUGUCAUAGCAGUGAAAUAUUCUAUAGUUGAGCGGCAGGAGAAAAUUGACGAGAUUCUGUACCCAGAGAUUUCUACUUUCUUGAUGCUUAUCCAGGAUCAAGACCGGCAUGUGAGACGUGCUGCUGUUUUGGCCCUGAGCACUGCUGCUCACAAUAAACCAAACCUGAUAAAGUCCCUGUUACCAGAGCUAUUGCCACUCCUCUAUGAUCAAACAGUAAUAAAGAAAGAAUUGAUCCGGACAGUAGAUCUUGGCCCUUUCAAGCACACAGUAGAUGAUGGGCUUGAAUUGAGGAAAGCUGCUUUUGAAUGCGUGGACACUUUGUUAGACAGUUGCCUUGAUCAAGUCAACCCAUCUUCAUUUUUAGUACCAUACCUUUUAUCUGGAUUAGAUGAUCAUUAUGAUGUUAAAAUGCCUUGCCAUCUUAUCCUUUCAAAGUUGGCUGAUAAGUGCCCAUCUGCUGUUUUGGCAGUAUUGGAUUCGUUGGUGGAUCCUCUCCACAAGACCAUCAAUUUUAGGCCCAAGCAGGAUGCCGUCAAACAAGAAGUAGAUCGUAAUGAAGACAUGAUUCGGAGUGCCCUUCGAGCAAUCGCAUCUUUAAACCAAAUAAGUGGAGGAGAUUGUAGUCACAAGUUAAAGAAUCUUAUGAAUGAAAUUGGCAAGUCCAAGACUCUAUCUGAGAAAUACUCAUCCAUCCGGAAUGAAUGAAAUUGCUGCAUCCGAUGAGCCUUGCAGACAUUGAUGAACCUGUGAUACUGAUGAGGUGGUAUGGGCAGACAGAGGGUUACUGUUUAUGCAAAUGCCAACAUGUGAGGCUAAAUCAUGUAAAGAAGUGAUCUCAUCGUGAUGUCUGGGUAUUUAUCUGGUAUUAGGAUCAUUGUCCCAGAAUUUGAGCACAUAUCCUCGUUUUUUCACCAUAAAAUCUUCUCUCUGUUAUAUUGGCUGGUGCUAUGUAAAUUAAUGAUAUUUUUCAAUUAUUUUGCAUUAGAAGAGGAAAAUUUAAAAGACCA